AGGAUGAGAUGUCGGUCUCUUUAUAUGAAAAAUCGUUGAGUGAUUUCAUAUCUGUUAAGAGCAAAAAUAUAUUUUCGAGAUUUAAAGUUGACAGCAGUUUCCUUCAGGCAAAUUUAUCUUCGUGGGAAGAAAAUGCCGCCUAUGUGGAAGCUAAAAAGAAGUUUUUGAGCUUAAAAGCAGUAAAUGGCACAGCUGAAAGAGCUGUUAAACUAAUGCAAGACUUUCAUGGUUUGAUAACCGCAGACGAAGAACAAAAGCAGUUCCUUUUACGAUGUGCGCAAGAACAUAGAAAGAUGUAUCCAGAUUGUAAAAAAGAGACUUUAACAGGUCUAUUCUGCGCUGAAUGUGGUAGCUUCAAUUUAAAAGCGAAGUUCACGUCAAAUGGGAGCAAUGCCGAAUAA